AUGUAGUUGAUAAAUAUUUUUUAUAAUAAUAAAAUAAUUGUAUUAGAUAAUAUAAAAAAUUCAAAUCCAGGGGAGUAAUUUAUAACCACAAGGUUAGGAAUUUUUAUAGUGGAGGGUUUCUUUGUAUUUCAUGGAUUUUUAGAAGAGUUGAUAUUCUUCUUCUGUAUUUUUCUUAUUAAAAUAGUCUAUCUGGUUUAAGUAUAGUCUUUAAGGAUUUAAUAGAGAAGACUUUAAUGGUUCAUCUAAUUUGAAUAUCCAGAACUCAAUAAAAACAAUUUAAUUUGGAUUUACUUGAGUUCUUUUGAACAUCUAUAUUUAUUCGAUUCUACAUUUGUAUUAAGCUCCUUCAUAGGUAUUUAUAUAUUAAUCAAAAUAUUAAACUUUUGAGAU